ACGUCAUACUUGUGAGAGAGACUUGGAAAGUGGAAAGCAGAGAGGUGCACGGCUGAGUCAGGAAGUUUGUUUUCUCAAAGGCAGUACAAUUAGACUCUUGAUGACGUGGAUAAUACAGGACUACUAGCAAGAAAGUCCCCUUCGACGCGUUAUUCUCGCGCCUCUGGCCGAAAGGACGUAUUUGUGAUAGAUUUGGGAUUCUGUUGACAAAUAACCAUGGCGCUACGGGUGAUCCGAUUGAUCAUACCCUCUGGGGCAGCUGUUUUCAAAGCAGGCCCAAAUAUUCAGAAGACUGGUAUUCACACAAGCUCAGUAAGGGAGCGUCAGUAUGGUUGGUGGGCAUAUAUACUGGGCGACAGGACCACCCCAAGGCUCAAGGAAAACAGCAAAAUCAUCUCCAUUGAUGGGAACCUGGCUUCUGGAAAAGGGGCACUGGCACAGAGUCUGGCUGACAAGCUCGGGAUGCUGUACAUGCCGGAACCUGACACAAAAUACUUGGACAAAAUAAUGAAGGAGAAGGAGCCUCUGGCAAGUGCCUUCAACGGUAACUGCAGCCUGGAUAAGUUCUAUUCAGACCCCAAGUCCGCGGAUGGGAAUUCCUACAGGCUACAGGCAUGGAUGUACCUCAUGAGGCUGUUGCAGUGGUCAGAUGCUAUGGAGCACAUGCUUGCCACAGGCCAAGGUGUAAUCUUGGAGCGUUCCCCUUACAGUGACAUGGUAUUUGUGGAAGCCAUGUUCAAACAGGGCUACAUCAGAAAAGCAUGUGUAGAACAUUACAACGAAAUAAAAGGUAUCAGCAUUUGUGAGUUCUUGCCCCCUCACUUGGUUAUCUAUUUGGACGUUCCAGCAGAAGAAGUGCAAAAGAAGCUGAAGGCUACAGGCAAGGAUAUACCCCUGCCUUAUCUGAAGAGUAUUGAGGAUGCCUACAAGAAGACCUACCUACCCCAAAUUAGUGAGAGCGCUGAAUUGCUCGCUUAUGAUGCAACCCAGGCACAAGACAUUGAGAGGAUUGCAGAAGACAUUGAAUACUUGAAGUUUGAGAAAGGACCAUGGACAGAGCAGGAUGAUGUCACCCUUCACUACAUGAGAGUUCUUGUGGAAGACAAGAUUAGGGUGGCAAGCCUGGCUCAUGCACCCAUCUUCCUCCCAGAGGUCACCAUUGGGGCUCAUGAAUAUGACGAAACCUACCAUGCCUUCAAAUCGCUUGCAGGGAAAAUGUAUGCUCCAGGUUAUAAUGCAGAUGUAGGAGACAAGAACAUCUGGCUGAAGUGAAGGAGUGGACCUGACUACUAUGUAGCUGGUUGUUGAAUUGUUUGUUCCUCUUUCCCUCCCUCAAAAACCUGACCACCCCUCCCUAUGGGCGGAGAAAUCCAUAAAUGAGGUUGAACGUUUGAUGCAAUCAGCAAUAUUCUCCUGUCCGACUGUGUUCAUGGGUAAAUUGACAUGUUGUAUGUAUAAAAAUAAAUCUAAAAAACUUUAAAAA